AUGCGUGCUCUUACAUUAUCCUUCAUAAUCCUACUCUCCUUGCUGCUAAGCCUUAGCAUGACAAUUGAUGCACAGGUCACUUACCGUUAUCAUAUUUGCACAAACUCAACUACUUUCACCAGAAACAGCACCUACCAGGACAAUCUAAAUGUCCUCCUCAUUUCUCUGUCCUCCAAUUCAACCAUUAGCAAUGGGUUCUAUAACACCUCUACCGGGCAGAACCCUGACAAUGUCUAUGGCCUCUUUCUCUGCCGUGGUGACCUUAGCACCGAUAUUUGCAAAGAUUGUGUCACCUUGGCCACCCGAGAAAUUGUCCAACUCUGCCCCACCCAAAAAGAGGCCAUAGUAUGGUACGAUGAAUGCUUACUACGUUAUUCAAACCAGUUCAUCUUUUCCCGUAUGGCCCAAGAACCUGUUGUUUACUUGCUCAACUCACAGAAUAUAACAGAUCAAGGACGUUUUAACGAGCUAUUGAUGACCACUAUGGACGUUACAGCUUCACAGGCCGCAAACACUUCGUCAGGUGCUAAAAAGUUCGCAAUCAAAGAAGUGAAUUUUACAGAGCGUCAAAACCUCUACACCCUUGCGCAGUGCACGCCCGACCUUUCUGUUUCUGAUUGUCGUCAAUGUCUUCAGACAGCUAUGUCUCGGUUGCCAGGUUGUUGUAGUGGAAAGCAAGGAGGAAGAGUCUUAGUUCCAAGUUGUAAUAUUCGGUAUGAGAUAUAUGUGUUCUUCAAUGAAAGUGGUGUGGUGCUUUCUCCUCCCUCUCCUCCCUCUCCUCCAGGUGCAACAAGACCACAAGGAAAAAGCGGCAUCUCAGCUGUUACAAUUGUCGCCAUUGUUGCUCCAAUUUCUAUCUCUAUUGUGCUUUUUUGCGUGGGCUACUGUUUGCUAAGGAGGCGGGCAAGAAAGAAGUAUGACGCUAUACAGGAAGAUGAAUUCACUGAACUCAGUAAACAUGUCCUUGGUUUUUAUGUAGGUGGAAAUGAAAUUUCAACUGUGGAGUCUUUGCAAUUUGAUCUGAGCAUAAUAGAAGCUGCUACAAAUAACUUCUCUGAUGGUAACAAGUUAGGUGAAGGUGGAUUUGGUGCUGUUUACAAGGGCAUACUUCCUAAUAGGCGAGAAAUAGCUGUGAAGAGACUAUCAAGAAGCUCCGGUCAAGGGGCAGUCGAAUUUAAAAAUGAGGUGUUAUUGUUAGCCAAACUUCAACACAGAAAUCUUGUGAGGCUGAUUGGAUUUUGCUUGGAGGGAGAAGAAAAGAUUCUUGUCUAUGAAUUUGUACCCAACAAAAGCCUUGACUACUUUCUUUUCGGUCAGUUUCUUACCAUGAAAAGCAAGGACAACUGGAUUGGGAAAGACGUUACAAAAUCUUAG